GAACAGCUAUCCGGCGCGGAGUCGAGUCGAUAUUCAAUCUAGCCAUGGCGGCCACGGGUGGAGGGAAAAUUAGAAGCAGAAGAUAUCAUAUCGCUUCUAAACCUUACGCCAAAAGCAAACAGGUAAAUAAAAUUACCGUGUUCGUAUGAAUGUUCCACAUUGAAGGAUAGCGUGUAGUUUGUUGACAGUUGUCUUUUCGCUCUUGUGUUGUUGUUUUCUUGGAGACAUUUUGUGUGGCCUAGUCUUAGCGCUCAUGGCCUCCACGCUGUGUCAAGGAAUCGAGCAAGCUAGCGAAGUGAGACAGACAUUUUGCCGGUUCGGGGAACUAACGUUAAUGUUACUAGCCAGGUAACUGGCGUGUAUCAUUUAAAACUGCUAAGACUAACGGCAGCCAUAGUUAUUUAACACACUGUCGUGUAUUAAUAUUGAACUUUACUAGUUUAGACGUAGUACUGGCUUCUUGUCAAGUUUGCGUUGGCUACAUGCGUAGCUAUUCAAACUAGCAAGCAGUCGACAAGUAGCUAGCUAGCUAAUGUCGGAUGCUAGCUAAACUUAACGUUACAAGCUAACUAGCUAGCUAGUUUUGCAUUGUCUCUGCCUACAUUUACAUGCAACGUUAGCUAUGGCAUAUCAGUUGUGUUUACUGAUAGUAUUACAUCCCAUUCAAUCAUGAAAGUAUAUAUUUUCUAUUUUUUAAAGACAUUUGGCAUUGGAGUUUAUUGUCAUUUCAUUGUGGGUUAGGUCAUAAUGUGUAGCUAGUGCACAAUGCUAGUUAGCAAAGCUAACUAGCUAAUUUCAGAACUGUUUCAAGUGACCACAUGGUUGACUGGUUCACUACUAGCUAAGCGAGAGACGUUAGAGGCUAGAUAGUUUUUUAACAUUAACAUUACUUGGUUACAAUCUACUAAGGCAACAGCAAUAAAUGAUUAGCAAUAUUACGCCGUGAUAGUAGUCCGUUUCCAGAUUUCUUAAAAACAAGGCAAUAUUAUGACGUGGUUUUGUAAAUCUCGAAAGGGGCAUAAUUGUGAGGCUGUGUGGAAACGUAGCUAACCACUCUUAGCCUAGCCUGGGGCAGUGGACUAGAGGACUUCUUCUAGGGUCCAAAAAGUUGGACCCGAUGACAAUCGUACCCGGACCCGAUAAUUACAAAAUUAAAAGGGCGACCGGACCCGAGAACAAUCAGACCCAAACUCAAUGCGGUCCAAACCUCAUGUCUCUAUCAUAAUCCGUUCAAAAGUUAUUGGAUAUUGUAGGAUGGCCAAAAUUAGGGUGACUAAAUCAAUGGAAGCCAGGGGGGGGAAAGUGGUCAAAAAUCUGGAAAAUAGCAUUGCGUCAGCUAGGCUGGAUGCUGUGCGAGAAUGAGUUGAACUUGUCCUCUUUCUUCUUGGAGGUAAGAUCGAUUUUGAGACAUGACAUGUAGUAUUUUCAUAUGUUAGUGUACGCUUUAGAAAUUACGAAAUUCUUAUUUUUUGAACUUUUCUCAAAACACAAGCAUAUCUCUGAAAUGUAAACGGAUCACUGAGCGUACCACAAGCUUUAUAUUUUCAAAGCCUUUUACACAGUGGUGGUAAAAGUACGCAAUUGUCAAACUUGAGUAAAAGUAAAGAUACCUUAAUUGAAAAUGACUCAAGUGAAAGUUACCCAGUAAAAUAGUACUUGAAUAAAAGUCUAAAAGUAUUUGGUUUUAAAUGUACUUAACUAUCGAAAGUAAAUGUAAUUGCUAAAAUAUACAUAAGUAUCAACAGUAAAAGUGUACAUUAUUUCAAAUUCCUUAUAUUAAGCAACCCAGAUGGCACCACUUUCUUGUUUUUAUAUUUACGGAUAGCCAACACUCAGACAUAAUUUACAAAAGAAGCAUUUGUGUUUAGUGAGUCAGUCAGAACAGAGGCAGUAGAUGACCAGGGAUGUUCUCUUGAUAAGUGUGUGAAUUGGACCAUUUUCCUGUUUGCUAAGUAUUCAAAAUGUAACAGUACUUUUGGGUGUCAGGGAAAAUGUAUGGAGUAAAAAGUAUAUUAUUUUCAUUAGGAAUGUUGUCAAAAAUACCCAGAAAAACUACUUAAGUAAAAAUACUUCAAAGUGCUACUUAAGUACUUUACACCACUGCUUUUACAUUUAAUUCAGUUUGUGUCAUGUUAAAGGUGGACUCAACAAAAUAAUGUUGCUAUGAGCAGCACCACAGACAUUGAGAUGAUCAGUCACACACAGUAUGUGCAGGGGUUUGCUUCACGCAGUUCACAGCGAGCUAGCCAGGGCACCAAAACAGAGAAGUUGAGCCUCGCGCUUCAACGCUCUUAGUUGUUGCGGAAAUUGUCCCACUUUGCUGUUUACUUUCUGCAUCUACGUCAUAUCGCUGAGUCUACCUUUUAAUUUGUCUUUCUGUAAGACGCGGAAACAACUUUGCAGACAACCACCAUAUGUAAAAUCCUCAAAAGUCACUGCGAGAAAGUGGCACUGCUCUGUCGAUUGCUUUUUAUCACGUUUAUUGUUUUUACGAAAUCCUACUUUUUGGAUAUAAUGUUAAUAUGUUAGAGAAAGACCCCACUGAACGAUUCAGAACAUGAAGAAUGAUAUUUGUCUUGGUAAAAUGUAUUUUAUAACAUACUGAAGUGAAAUGUCAUCACUAAAGCACGUUUUCACCCACUCUAGGCAAAGUGGGAGGACACCCUACUUAUUAGUGUAAAGAUGCUAUGCAGAGCUGUGGUCGGGUCCAUUCGGGUCGAUCAGUUGUAGUUACAUAGACCCGAGACCCGAUUUCAAUCAAACAGUACUGGACCCGAGGGGAAAAGUUAGAAUUUUGGACCUGGAUUCUCUCGGUUGUUCGGAUGGACCCGUGACGACCUCUAGUGGACACACCAAAAGAAAGGCAGGAUAAAAUAUGCACUGAGCAGGAACCCUAGAACCCAUCUACGUUAGUUGUAGCUAGUGAACUUGUGCUUCUCCUGAGGGGUAUCCUACGAAUAAAGAUAGCCAGCUUCAGUUAGCUUCACAUUCCAGGUCAGGCUUAAUCUGUACUACGACGGUGGAUAUUGCUCGUCCGCCUGCCGCUAACUCCAGCAGGCUUGUAACUGUGUGUGCAUGUCGCACAUCGUUAUUCGAACACCGAACUCUUCAUUGAGACAACGCUGAAACAUCAAUCCAUGGGUGAGUCAGCGCCACAUUUUCAUUUGUGCAGAAAUCAAAAUGAAAGAAAAGUUAGCUUGCAAAUUCUGCAGGCUAUGGUGUGAAAUAGGCUUUUAGAAGUUACAUCUUUAUUUUAUUACUUAUCGUUAAUGCCGACUUUGGUAUGCUAAUCAACGCACAACCACAAGCCCCUUUUCCCCCACUCCUAUCGAUUAAAAUAAUUGUAUUAAGUCAUACAAAAGUGUUACUUUGAGGGAAGUUUAAAAGGCAUUCUGUCUUUACUAAAUGUCUAAUGUGAUAUAUUUUAACUAGAGCUGUCCCCGACAAAAAAUAAUAAUAUAUAUUGUUCUUAUCGAUUGGUCGAAAUUAUAAAACGUGUAUUUUUCAUAGACACACCCUUUUGUGUUUGAAUAAAAUCAACUAUAUGCACUGAGCUUGUCUGAUUUCUUUAAGCGGACUGUUUGAUUCUAUAAUUAAGACACACAAAUGACAAGAUGGAGCCCGAAGGCCACGCUGUGUUAAAAAAAAAAGACAGCAAAUGCCUGUGUGACUGGCGCACGUUGUCUCUUCUCCCUGCUGCAGCCAAAGGGCAGCAUGGCAACUGUUUAUUGCGCUGUCCUUGCUGAAGCUGCAACAUCAUUUCAGCCAUUUUGUUUCUUACUUGUUUCCUUGACUGAAAAGUUAUGUUACCGAAAUCCCUUGCUCUCUUUAUGUGAAACGUAUGCAUCGCAUGCACGUGACCAAUAGGGCCUGAUCUAUAGCCUAUCAUAAUCACAUCAAUAAAUUGGUUAUAACAAACUCCGAACACCGUAAUGUGACUGCAAAAUGGAUGCGGAGGACAAGAAAAAUAAACUUGAAAGGGGGGAAGUCAGAUCUGUGGAAGAAAUUUGACUUAGUUGUGGAAACUACUGGAGAUCAAGAAAAAAGGAGGGUAUAGGAGCAAGCAUUGCAUGAGUUAUGUGUGUCAAACAGGUGCUGUUAGAUUACAAUAUUAUAUUUUCUGAUAAUUUGAAACAGUGUAAACAACACAAAAUAAAUUAGAAGUGUACCAGAGUCUGUUCUAAUGAGGGGGAAAUAAAAUAAAGAAAUAUACUGUAUAAAGCCUUUAUUACAGCAAAGACUAAACAGUUGCAUUCGUGAAUUGUGGUUUAUUUAUAGUUUUGGAUAAUUCUUCAAAGCUCCCUUUGUUAAUUUUUAAACAAAUGCUUGAUUGCAUUUCAAAUCAAAUUUUAUUUGUCACCGAAUACAACAGGUGUAGACUUUACAGUGAAAUGCUUACUUACAAGCCCUUAACAACAAUGCAGUUUUAAGAAGAAUACCAAAAAAAAAUCACAAAAAAAUACAAUAUAAAAUAAUACGAAAUAGAAGUAACAAGGCAUGAAUGACUCCUAUGCUGUGUGAUGACAUGAUUGAUUGAUACAGUAGCCUAUAUAUUGAAAUAUAGGCAUAAGUAUUAAGACUAAACAGGAUCCGCUCUUAGGCCUACAGCUCGAUGGUGGUUAUACAAUGCUACCACUAUACAUUUUAGUCAUUUAGCAGACGCUCUUAUCCAGAGCAACUUACAGUUAGUGAGUGCAUACUUUUUUUUUCUUUCAUACUAUACAAAGCCUACUAAUGAUAAUGACAUUGCUUAUUAUAAUAAUGAUGAUGAUAAUAACAAUAAGGAGAUGAAGAAAAAGGAGGGUAUAGGAGCGAGAGCUGUGUGCAUAUUAUGUGACAGGAAGGUGCUGUUAGAUUACAAAUGUUAUGCCUGUUUGGAACAGUGUAAACAACACUAAAUACAUUAUAAGUAAUACCAGAGUCUUUUCUAAUGAAAAAACAAACAAUUGUAAAGCCUUUAUUACAGCAUAGCAAAGAUUAAUUGGGAAAUUGCUUUAUCCAACAUUUUGCGGUUGCAUGGGGCUUGAUGGUUACGGAAUCAGUAAGCUAUUAAACAAACAGAUUAUCCAUAGAUUAGGGCCCAAUGCAUUUUUCAAUUGAUUGAUUUCCUUAUAUGAACUGUAAUUCAUGUUGCGUUUAUAUUUUUGUUCAGUAUACAAUUCCAGUAUCACAUGUCUUAGAGUGAUGGACUGUCAUCCUUAUGGCCUCCGCAAUGGAUUAGUCCACUGAGAAAGGCGCGAAUCAGAUGGGUAUCUUGUGGGAAUCAUGAAGAAAAAAAUAUAUUUGCGACUGCUUAACUAAAGAAAUCUUGGUCAACCAACAGCCAGGGCCUAAAAUUAACACCUGCCAAAUGCGGGUAGAUUUUGGCAUUGGCGGGUAAGAUGUUUAUUUCACUAGCCACGUUGGCGGGUGGUCAGGGCUCCACAGUGCGAGCAUUUCACUCGCAUUUGUGAAUAAAAAUAGUCAAGUAUGUUCACAUUUAUAGAAAAAUAAAUGCUGCAGUAGCUGUUUUCAAAGUAUUUCUGCCAUUUUGUUUCAUAGCUGGCAAAAUAAUCGCACAAAGUCAGAGAACUACGAUUACUAUAUAACCUAUCCCACUUCGCAUUGCAACACUGCCUGGCUGUGAAAGAUGCAUUUUUUUUUAGAAGUGCUGCGCACAGGCAUAAAAAUUGGUCUAAUUUACUUGAAACUAAAGUCUACUGAAGUGAGAAUUUGUCCUUGUGUUUCUUCGCUAUUUACAUUUGUUUUGUUCACAAGCUAGGUUGUUUUUCAAUGUUUGAGUUUCAGCUGCUAGGGAAGAGAAGACUAUGCUUCUACUAGUGAGACUAAAUCUCACAGGCACAAACAUGAGUUGCGUUACCACGGUAACAUCCUGCCCUUAAAGGGGAGGGUGAGCAUUUUUGUUCAUCUGUGAUAUUUUGUUUAAAAGACUUGGGUCACAAAAAAUGAAAUUAAACAGUAUACCACAUUACUUCUUACUAGUAAUACAUAUAUUGUUUUAGAAACAUUUCAAAGCAUGCUCAUCUGUUUUGUUGGUGUAAUUUUAGCGUGGAAAAAUAUUUUGGCUGGUAAACAAAUCUGAGUGGCUGGUAGAUUAUUAAAUCUACCUGCCAUAGUGGCUGGUGGACCAAACGUAAUUUUAGGCCCUGCCAGCAGCCUAUUGACCAAACAAUCGACCAGUCGACUAGAUGGGGUCAACUCUAAUUUUAACAUGACUAUUUUUGAACACACAACACAUUUGAUUUAAUAAAAUAUUUACUCAGUCGUCUUCCUCAAAUAAAGGGAUGGUAACGCAAUCUUUGCAAGAGGGAAGGAAUCUGGUUUAAUUGGUCCUCAACUCGUGGCUCAGUCAUUUCAUUCGGGGGGUGGGGAAUUGAUCCGCAGGCCUACAAAAGUUAGUUGCCGAUCCCUGUUCUAUGUCAUAUCAGUGUCCAGAUUUUCAGGAACAUAAAACACCUUGACAUGAAAUGCCUCAGUGGGUUUUCAUAAGUCAAACGUGUCAGUAAAUCAUUACAAUCCUUCAGUUGACAGGGACGAUGCACCAUUUAGGAGUUUCUUAUAAAGUCAUUUUAUUAAUAGCCCGUGGGCAAAGACUGGGACUGUUAGAUUGGCCAUUGGAAAGUGAAGGGUAGGGAGCCCACCAGCAGUAAUAAUAAAGAGGACGUGUAGGCCAAACCAAACUAGUGGAAUAUUUGACUGGCGUUCACUUCAAACCAGUGGACUCGAACUUCCAGUUAGGGUUAUGUUUGUGUAAGCCUACAUGUCAGCAUAAAUUGUGCUUUUCUUCUGUCAGCUGGGAAGUGCUGGUGAGGGAAGCAGUAGACCUAUUCACUUUUAAAUGGAGAUGUAAAAGUUAUGAACUGUCAUCACAGCAGCUGGUUUCAGGUUACUGGCCUUGGCGGGAAGGAAAAUCACGAGUGAAAUCACUAGUAAAUCAUUUGAGUUGCUGGGGGGAUUUUCAUUAACUUUCAGUCUUUCAUCCCACCUUAUUGAACUAAACACGAAGCAUCCUCUCUUUAGGUUACAGAUUGGACCUCCCUUGUAAAAAUGCAUCGGGAAUAGAUUUUUUCCACACGCCUUUGACACUUUCAUAUAUACUGAACAAAAAUAUAAAUGCAACAAUUUCAAUGAUUUUACAGUUCAUAUAAGGAAAUCAGUCAAUUGAAAUAAAUAAAUUAGGCCCUAAUCUAUUGAUUGCACAUGACUGGGCAGGAGCACAACCAUGGGAGGGUCUGGGAGGGCUUUAUUAUAGACAGAAAUACUCCUCCGUUUCAUCAGCUGUCCGGGUGGCUGGUCUCAGACUAUUCCGCAGGUGAAGAAGCCGGAUGUGGAGGUCCUGGGCUGGCAUGGAUACACGUGGUCUGAGGUUGUGUGGCCGGUUGGACGUACUGCCAAAUUCUCUAAAAUGACGUUGAAGGUGGCUUAUGGUAGAGAAAUUAACAUUCAAUUCUCUGGCAACAGCUUUGGUGGACAUUCCUGCAGUCAGCAUGCCAAUUGCACGCUUUUCAAAACUUGUGAGAUCUGUGGCAUUGGUUUGUGUGACAAAGCUGCACAUUAUAGUGGGCUUUUAUUGUCCCCAGUGCAAGGUGCACCUGUGUAAUGAUCAUGCUGUUUAAUCAGCUUCUUGAUAUGCCACACCUGUCAUGUGGAUGGAUUAUCUUGGCAAAGGAGAAAUGUUCACUAACAGGGAUGUAAACAAAUUUGUGCACAACAAUUUAGAGAACUACGUUUUUUUUGUGUAUGGAAAAAUUCUGGGAUCUUUUAUUUUACCUCAUGAAACAUGGGACCAACACUUUAAAUGUUCUGUUUAUAUAUAUUUUUUGUAUAGUUACGCCUACCAGUCUAGUAGUCUUUAACUUAAGAGUCCGUUGACGCACCCAUGCAUCAGUCGAAUUAACAUAAUAAUAAAAAAACGUCAAAAGUUUAAGCAAGAUAUGUUUUUUUGCAUUGGCUAAGUCUCAAUCCGCGUAUGUUGGCCUUCCGCGUCUGCGGUCGAACAUGGCAGAGCUACAGCGCUGUUUGUCCGACCAGGAGACAUCACGAAAAUCGGUCAUCUCACGAAAAUAUCUGUAGCGUCCCAACGGUUCGGCCUACUAACUAAUAUGGAAAGGAGAGACUCUCACACUCUCACACACUGGUGUUCUCCGUUAUUCCUUUAUUUUUUUGACUCCGUUUUUCAAUUUAUGAAUGUGUUAUUCAAUGCGUUUCUAUGGGCUAUAGUAUUAAAGGCCAAAUAAUUUAAAUACAUGUUUUUGAUACCUACAGGGUCCUAGAAUUCUAAAUCAAAUAGCUAAAUAAUCCAUAGUAUGACAAUCUUAAAAUAAUUCCAUAUGUUAGCUUAGUAGAACCCCCCCCCCUUAGAUUUUUAGAGGUUAAACACUGGUCUGUAGUCAGGAUGUGUCAUAGAACUAACCGCCCCCAGAUGAGGGGCCUAUUGUGGUGUGACGUAGUCGGCUCUUCCAAUCAUAUAGGAAAUAAUGAACAUUGCAUUUACGUCUGUUUGUGUGGCACCCCGAGCCAGUGUUGAAGGGUUUGGGGUCUGUAUAUUUAGCUACGUUGGCCACUUGACCUGUCUGCUUUAGUAGUGGUCCUAUAUUAUGAUUUAUGGUUGUGCUGGCACAUGUUAAGGGACAGACUGCUGCUCUGUAUUACCUUGCACACAUUCAAAAUAAUGAUGGUCCUGUUUUUAGUUUUUUAUGAAAUGCUACAGUCUGAGUCAGACACAUUGUCCAGUUUGUUGUAUAGCCUAGCAGCUCAUUGGUUCACUUGAACUUCACAUGUCUGUCAAUUGUACACCUCCAUCCCAUCUCACUGUUUCAACCACACACACAAGUGCUUCCUGGGAGAACAAUGAGAGCAGCAUUCUGGCACAGUCCUGUGGUCUCAUGGCCCCAUUCACAGUAAUGCAGUGUCCUUAAAUCCCUAGAAUCACAAGAAAGGCCUGCAAGCACUAACUGACCCACAGAGGGGUCUGAGAGGCUGUGGCUGGUACAUAGGUUAAUUAGACUUAUCUAGAGCAGCAGUUCACAACCUUUUCCAUUCCGGGGAACACCAAAUCACAGUCAAAUGCUCUUGAGGACCACCAUUCGCAGUCAAAUUUUUUUUUACCACAAAAUAUCUUGACGGUCAAUUUUAGCAGUGAAUGUAACAAAUUAAAGGCAUUAUUAUUAUUAUUAUUAUUAUUAUUAUUAUUAUAAACAAUUUGCAUUGUGAAAAGUAAUGUAAAAUUGCUUGAUUGUUUACACUGGCUUGGUAAAAACUGUGUGAAUUUAGUGUGGACAGCAGCGCUGCGCGACUAGUGCUUUUUACAGAUGAGCAGAAGUGGAGUGGAGCAUAUGCUCAUUUUCAGGAGUCAAAAGCUACCAGGAGACACAGCGGUGUGCAUGUGAACUGGUGCUAGCUACCUCCUUUUUACAGUUGCUCUUUACUGCUGCAGCAAACUUUAACUCGUGCUUGAUGCUGCCUGCAGACCCAUUCUAAAAGGACAUUUAGUGUAGUUAAUGAAGCUGGGUAGCACUUCGGGACUAUCUUGUUUUGUGAUCUUGGUUUAAAGACAGGAAGCAUCUCCCUCUGGCUUGUAGAUAUAGAUAAGCCUAGUUCUACUGUAGAUGGAUGUGUGUUACAGUAUUAGACCUGUGCCGCUCAGUGCUGCGUCAGACAGACUCUUCUGACCCACUUUUCACUGAGAGCUUGAGUAAGUAGGUCUUUGCGCUUCGCUUGAGUGGAAUGACUUUUCUGUGCACCCACUGCUCGCUCUCCCUUUCAAUACCUAGUGGCACAUUCAUCAUUAGUGUGUUUUCCCAUUUUUUGGAGUUUGUUACCCUGAAUUAAUUUGUACUUUGCUAGAAUGUGUAACACUAGACAUUCACCAAACAAUGUUCAUCAUCACGGUUUUAUUUUCUUUUGGAAAGUCACACUAUGGUGCUAAACGUCUCUCUCCAUCCCUUAUUCUCCCCCUCCCUUAUUCUCUCCAUCCCACUCUCCACCACCAGCAGCAGCCAGGCCUGAUUAGUCGAGUUACAGACACAGUCAAGAGCAUCGUCCCUUCCUGGCUGCAGAAAUACUUCAGGAACGGGGAGGCUGCAGAGGGGGGAGGGGCCAUAGUGGUGGCGGAGCAGAACAGCCAGGCCCUGCCCCCUAAUGGCAGCGAGGAGGUAGCCCCCCUUCCUGAUGGACGGGACUCUCCGGAACCCGGUACCAGCAAUACAGGUUGGCAGAUAUGUUAUAUAUAUUUUUAUAAACUGGUGGUUCGAGCCCUGAAUACUGAUUGGCUGAAAGCCGUGGUAUGUCAGACCGUAUACCAUGGGUAUGACAAAACAUGUAUUUUUACUGUUCUAAUUACGUUGGUAACAAGUUUAUAAUAGCAAUAAGGCACCUCGGGUGUUUGUGGUAUAUUGGCCAUAUACCACACCCCCUCAGGCCUUAUUGCUUAAAUAAAUAUUUAUGGCAGAGAUCUAGCCCAUUGCCAUGAUUAUAUAAUAUUUGUUAAUAUGUUUCAUCCUUUGUGUUUGGAUUGUAAAGCCUAAUUCCAGUAGUUGGACUUGCCUUGGGACUUCAGUGAAAUUUUGAAGCUCAAAAUAUGGAUCAACCCAUCUUAACCCUAGUCAUUUCUCCUCCACACCCCCAGAGCCUUCGACAAGCAGAGCAUCCCUGAACUUCCAGGAUGUUCUGUCGAGGCCCCCCCUCAACCGCUCCCACCUCCACUUCCCCUCCUUGGAAGCCUCCCCGGCCCUGGGAGGCCCCAGCUCUCUCUUCUCCCAGCCCUCCACCUCCUCUGCCCCUUUCUCCGGGGGCCCCUUCGCUGGGGCCUCGUCCAGCUUCUCCCUUGUCAAAGAGAUAAAGGACAACUGCUCUCAGCACGAGGACGACAACAUCUCUACCACCAGCGGCUUCUCUUCACGCGCAUCAGAAAAAGGUAGUGUGUGUGUGUUGGGGAUUGUGUGUGGAAAAAGUACUGAAUCACGUUUUGGCCACUAGCAAUCUUUUUUUUUGGUCUAGAGUCACCAGAAGAGAUUUUAAUCGUAGGAUGUGGCUUUGAGAAAUGAUUUCCCAAAUCUUGAAAAUAGCAUUUUAGCGUCCGUAGUCGGUACUGCUGAAAUUCAGUAUUUUGUUACGUAGAUGUAUGACCCAAAUUUGACAAAAAUGUAUUUUCUCUGUCCCCAGAUGUACCGAACUCUAAGACAGCAUCGCUACCCCAGCUCUGGUCCCCGGAGAUGGACCGGACCCACUCUGGGCCCCAGCAGUCCCAGUCCAGUCUCAAGAAGCCUGCGUUCAACCUGUCUGUCUUUGGGACUUCCUCCACUGUGAGUGUCAGUCAGUCAAGUCAGUCCUCCACUGUGAGUGCCAGUCGAGAGUCCGCAAACUCUACUCGCUUAGCUACUGAUGUUCAGUUGAUUUACUUUGAUCUGUUGCAAUAAUAAUAGCUGAUCAUUUACACAAAUGUAAGUACAUUUUUAACAGAAAACCCUGCAUACAUACAGUGCCUAUAGAAAGUCUACACCCCCUUGAACCGUUUUAAAAUGUUAUGUUAAGUGGGAAAUAUGUUUAAUUGUAAAAAAUAUAAAUAUAUAUAUAUAUAUAUAAAGAAUCAUUGAACUACACAAAAUACUCCAUAAUGUCAAAGUGAAAAGAAAAUUAAUAAAAAUUCAAUAACUAAAAUGUAGUCGUUGUAUAAGUAUUCACCCCCUUUGUUUAGGCAAGCCUAAAUUAGUUCAGAUGUAAAAUGUGGCUUAACAAAUCACAUAGUAAGUUAUAUGGAAAUAAUAGUUGACAUGAUUUUUGAAUGACUACCCCUUCUGUCCCUCAUACAUACAACAUCUGUAAGGUCCUUCAGUAAAGUAUUUGAAUUUCAAGCACAGAUUAAACUACAAAGAUCAGGGAGCUGUUUUUGAAAGCCUCAUAAAGGGCAGUAAUUGGUAGAUGGUUAACAAUAACAAAUCAGACAUUGAAUAUCUCUUUAAGCAUGAUAAAGUUGAUAAAUAUGCUGUGGUUGAUGUAUUAAACCACCCAGACACAUCAAAGAUGAAGCCGUCCUUCUGAACUGAGGUGCAGGACCGGAAUUAAACUCCUUAGGGAUGUCACCAUGACCAUGAGGCCAUUGGUGAUUUUUAAAACGGCUACAAAGUUCAAUGGCUGUGAUGGGAGAACUGAGGAUGGAUCAACAUUGUAGUGACUCCACAGUAAUGACAGAGUGAAAAGAAGAAGAAAAAAAUCUUCCAAAGCAUGCAUAUGUAUGCAGCAUGGAACUAAAGUAAAAUGGCAAAGAAAUCCACUUUUUGCAAAGCCCUAUGUUUGGGCCAAACGCAACGCCUCACUGAGUAACUGCCUCCUUAUUUUCAAGCAUGGUGGUGGUUGCAUCAUGGUAUGGGUAUGCUUGACAUCCAAAGCAUGCACAUGCAUCGGCAAAGACUGGGCAGUGUUUCAGGAUAAAAAGAAACGUGAUGGAGCUAAGUGUUGUGUAUUGAGCAUAGUGGUGGUGGGCAUGUUAUGGCGUUCAUGUUUGCCUGCACAAAUAGCUUAAACUGAAUUCUCUGCCUCUUUAUUGGAUUGUACUUUCACCAUGUCACGGAAACAGGCAAAAUCCUAGAGGAAAACCUGCUUCAGUCUGCUUUACACCAGACACUUGGAGAGGAAUUCACCUUUCAGCAAGACAGUAAUCUACAACACAUAGCCAAAUCUACACUGGAGUUGCUUACCAAGAAGACAGUGAAUGUUCCUGAGUGGCCAAGUUACAGUUUCGACUUCAAUCUGCUUGAAAACAUGUCAAGACUUGAAAAUUGCUGUCUAGCCAUGAUCCCCAAUACCUUGACAGAGCUUGAAGAAUAAAAAAUAAAAAAAGAAUAAUGGGCAAAUAUUGCACAAUACAGGUAUGCAAAGUUAUUAUGAGACUCACAGCUGUAAUCACUGCCAAAGGUGUUUCUAACAUAUUUAGACUCAGGGGGUGAAUACUUAUCUAAUCAAGGUAUAUUAGUGUUUUAUAUUUCAGUUAUCUUUAAAGAUAUAUAAUUUUUCUUCCACUUUGUCAUUAGAGUAUUUUGUGUAGAUCCUUGACCAAAAAAAAGACAAUUAAAUCCAUUUUAAUCCCACUUUGUAACAAAAUAUAAUGUGACGAAAUCCAAGCGGGGUGUAGACUUUCUAUAGGCACUUGGAAACUUUUGCUUUUGCGGUAUUAUGAUUGUGUUUUUUAACACUGGGCUUUGAUGUUUUUCUCCUCUAGUCUACGAUGAACAGUUCAGUGCUGAAUUCCAGUCAGUUGGGGGAUUCCCCCUUCUACCCAGGGAAGACUACCUACGGGGGAGCGGCUGCUGUUAGAACAGCCCGCUCACGCACAGCCACACCUUACCAGGUAGUUCUCCUCUACAACUAACAAUGUCUCCCCAUUGAUUUUCUCCUAGGCAAGAAACAAGCCCCCGAUGCAGUAUUCUGUGGGAAAUGGGUUUGUAAAAAGUGCUGCUAUAUUUAAUUUGAUGGCUAUAUUUUCCCCUCUAGGCUCCAUUGCGGAGACAGAUCAAGGCCAAACCUGCUGCGGCUCAGCCCUGUGGGGUGACCAGCGCUACCGCCCGACGCAUCCUACAGUCCCUGGAGCGCAUGUCCAGCCCCCUCGCCGUGAGUGCACCCAUGUUUUAAUGAAGUUAUUUGAAUUUAAUUGAAUAUGGAACCCUCCGAUUAGCAGGAACAGGGGCUUACUCAGCAGCCUGGCACAAUGGUUACAGAACCGUUCAAUUUUAUUGUGUAGACCUUUCAACCUCAGUCAGCUUUAUACAUUACAUUUUCUAUAUUUCUUGAGAAGCGAUUUGAGAAGUGGUGAAUCUUCACAAGGAAGUGAAUUAUACACUACCGGUCAUACGUUUUAGAACACCUACUCAUUCAAGGGUUUGUCUUUAUUAUGUUAACAGGUGCAUCACAGUUGUGUGUUUGUCUUAACAGGAUGCCAAGAGAAUCCCCUCUACAGUUUCCUCUCCCUUGUCAACAGUAAGUGUUGAGUAUUUCAACUUUUCUUAGUUCCUCAAUUGUUGUCAUUGUCACGAUCUCACAUUUAUUUAUCCUAUGUCCUUCAGUCACUGGAUGGCAGCACUCUAGACCUUUCACAUUUUCAGGCCAAAAAGAAACGGGUAAGUGAUUAUCUUCGAAACACCCUUACAAAAUCUCUUGACACUGACAAUUGACAUUAUGGCUGGUCUCCUUUCCUCUACAUGUGUUGUAAACAAGUUUUCUCCCAGCUGUUAUUGCACAAUAUUAUGAACCCCAACAACUAACAUGCACAGCAGCAGCUAAAAGGUCUUGAGCCUAACGCUGCGGUCGGUUGGUGUGAACAGUGCUGUCAUUGUAGUUCCUCCUGCCUCUUUUAUUCCUGGCUGCUGUAGUUAAUGGGUGUCAGCCUGGGGCAGCUGUUCACCACUGCUCUGCUGUGUUUAUGUCCUGAGUCUGUGAGCAGGCGUGUGUUUUUAAGUAAGUGGGCGUGUGAGUGAGUGUGGAGUGUGUUUGUGAGCAUGUGUGUCUCUUUGUGUUGCUUUCUAGUGGGGUUAGCUAUGCCAGGGCUGGAUGGCUGUCCGUAACUUUUAAAUGGUCCAGCUGUGACAGCUGGUCACUAAGCCCUGACAAUGGGCCAUUGAGAAGGAAGGGGGUCUGACAAGACUGUCCAGAUCCAGAGAUGGCCUUUUGGGGCAGAAGGCUCAAGGGCUGGUUCCUCUCAAUGUUGUGGCCAUAUUGACUAAGUGCUGCCUUCGAGGUUUCUCAUGGACCAUGUGAACAUUUUCAAUGAAAGUUUGGCAGUGGCACAUGCCAUUUUAUUCAAACUUUUCAUUGGUUUUAUUUGGCCAGAUUAAUCCAGCUGUGGAUAAUGUCCAUAUAUGGAUUGGAGAGCUGAGACAAACAUUUAACAUUGUACAUUUGUGUGUGCGCGCACCUGGAACACAUUGUUUUGAGUAUUUCUCUGACUUUUCUGUGUGUUCCCCUCCAGCUGGACUCUCCCCUCCCCCCAGUCCAGAAGCUUGUGAUCCCGGCAGCAGCGUCGGUGUCGGGGAACCGCUCAAUGUCCUUCAGACCCUCUCUGACCCCCGGGGGCUUGGCUCGGACCCCCAGAGACACGGUGAGGACCCCCACCACCACCUCCACAUUAGUCAGCUAAUGGCUUCUACGCAUCCAUCCAACUACCGCAAAUUAUCUAUCGAUGAUGUGUUGGGAAGUUUUCCCCCAACUCAGACUGUCAAUGACUGUUUCUACAUGUUGAAUCGGGACCUACUACGAUGUCCAGCAACUAUGUCCAGCGGCGACCAACUGACUACACACCGGGCUGAUUCUUUUAAAACUUGUCCAUAGACGGUUGGCUUGGCUGUGGUUGGAUAGAUGUGUAGAAGCCUUUACAAACUAAGGCUGUGUUUCAUUCCAGAGUCGCUUUCCAAAUUACAGACAGACUGCUGCUUGUGUUUCAUGUUCCACCCUGCCCCCCCCCCCCCCCCCCCCCUCUCUUUCUCCAGCCCACAAGACAAUCCCCUCUGAUUCCUGAAGCAGUGGCAGGUCCUUCUCAAAGCACAAGCAGCAGUCUAUCCACCUACCCUCUGUCCAGCACUCCUGCAGCCAGCAGCACAGGGUCAGGAGGAGGGAAGAUGAAGAGGGAGAGGACCAGCACAAGACCCUCUUCCAAACGUCCUGAAGACCAGGUGGGUUCUCCUCUCUUACCCUCUCCUUUCUGGGGAGAAAAGUUUGGUUUCCUGGCAAAUGAUAAAUUAAUGAUUGGUUCUAAAUCUCUUCAGAAAAGGGUGAAAGUGGGAUGUGUAGAAAUGAUCAGGUGCUUUUUUUAAAUACUCUUUUUGACACUCUUCAGAUCGCUGAGCUAUCGGACCUGCCAGCCAUCUCUCUCCCCAUCAGCUCCACCUUCAGUCUGCCCAGCUUCAGCUUCUUCCCGCCCCCCACCACCACAGUCACGCCCCCCUCCGCCACAGUCGCGCCCAUUGCCGCUCUCUCUACCGCACCUGUCCUGGAGGAGCCCGUCCCUAACAAGGUCCGUUCAGCUCCAUUUGGAUGCAUCCCAAAUGGCACCCCGUUCCCUAUAUAGUGCACUACUUUUGACUAGCUUUAUUUCAAUGUGUUCAGUGUUCAUCCUAAUGACCAUGAAGGUAUAGUGAAUAAAUAGAGUUAUCUGCUGAAACUGACCUGGUUUAGUCGUCGUCUUUAUUCCAGGUGCCACCGACUACAGCCCCCUCUACCCCUCCCUCCACACCUUUCACCUUCUCCUCCCCUAUCGUCAUGGCAACUGCUGCUAGCCCACCGUCCUUCUCCCCGUCUGUAAGUCCCACAGCUUUACUGCAGCUUGAGUAUGCCUGCUGUGAUGACAGUAUUACCCCUAUAGAAUAUUGUUGUUUCUGUUUUUGACACUCAACAACAGUGAGAUCAUAUUCUUACUCCUGUACCAGGUAUUGAAACCAAACCUUGCACUGUCAGAUAUUGGUUAUUUUUUUUGUCUUUCAGUCUGGAUUUACCUUCAGUGCACCUGUAGUGAAAACAGGUCUGACACUAUCCAACGGGAAGAUGGCCACCCCAGUAGUGGCAGCAGGUAAGCUUGGAUCAACUCCUGGAUAAAAACAAGAUCCAAACCUUCAUGUAAAGGGAAAUUCAUUUCAUAGCUAAUGGUUGUUUCUAUUGGUGUCUCUGUAGUGAAGCACGCUGCCAGUGAGAGCAUGGAGGAGUUUGAAGGGCCGUUAAAACCAGCCAAGGUGUUGAGACAGGGCAGUGUUCUGGACCUCCUCAAUGGACCUGGUGAGAAUGACCUGCUUGAUGAUUUCUCAUGAUGACUUGAAAGUUGGUUGCCAUAAACUGGUACUCCAUCAGCUGUCAUGACUGUUUAUAUAAUCUGUUAUGUCAUUGUUAUGACAGUGUUAUGUUGCCAUUUUGAUGGGAGGGUUCAAAUUGUGUCAUGAGUUUUCUAUUUAGUUUUAGUGGUUUUUAACCCAAUCUCUUCUUCCCCAUAGGAUUUGCCGUUCCUGUUACUCGGACCUCCCCUGUCCCCAAAGCCCCCCAGGAGACCCCAGCCCUGUCCUCCACCACCGCCCCCUCCCUUGGGGACUUGUUCAAAGCGCCAACAGGCUCUUGGCACUGUGAUGUCUGUAUGGUGCAGAACAAACCCACUGACACAAAGUGUGUGGCCUGUGUGACCCCACGACCAAACUCUAGCUCCUCUUUUGCAAAAACCGACAGUAAACCCUUCACAACAUUGUCCGGCCUGGAGGGUUCCACCACCACUACUCCCGCUGCAAGUUUUGGGGCCCUGUUCACAAAGCCUGCAGGAAGCUGGGACUGUGACACUUGUCUGGUUCAGAACAAGCCUGAUGCUGUCAAAUGUGUGGCCUGUGAGACAGCCAAGCCUGGGGUUGGAGUUAAGGCCACACUGACUCUGCCUGCCUUCUCGGAGGCUAAGACUCUGCCCGCUGCUGCCCCACUCCUGGGCUUCGGGGACAAGUUUAAGAAGCCAGAGGGAGCGUGGGAGUGUGACGUGUGCAUGGUGCAGAACAAGGUGCAGGACAUCAAGUGUGUUUCCUGUAUGAGCGCUAAGCCAGGUAUUGAGAUGAGAGAACAACCUGCUGGUUAUUUUAUUUUGUCCUGAAGGGUUUUUCCUCAUGAAGUUGCCCCAUACUGCUAUCUUGGCUGAAUGUUCAGUUUACAUUAGAAUAUCUUCAAGGAAGUGUUUAAAUGACGUGAAUCUGAUGCAAAUGUAUGUGUUAUAUUUUUGCUGAUGGCUCAUAUCUUCAUCUACCUAACAGGAGCGACCGCAGCGCCUACAUCUCUAACCCCCGCCGCUGUCAGCACCACUCCUCUACUAGGCUUUGGGGCCCAGUUCAAGAAGCCAGAGGGAGCGUGGGAGUGUGACGUGUGCUGUGUUCAGAACAAGGGAGCAGACCAGGCAUGUGUGGCCUGUCAGACCCCCAAGCCUGGGGCUAAAGUAGAGCCCAAAGGUAUGUACAGCUGUCAACUGCCAUGUGUGUCAUAGAGGCUUUGUCAUUGUAGCAAGAUCUUUGAUUUGAGUGAGGAUAGAUGUGAAGCCUGAACUUGAUAAGGAAUUUCAUAAAUAUCAUUUUUUUGUACAGAAUUCUGAACUUAUUAAUUAAUAUGAUCCCUGGUCUCUUUCAGCGUUUGGUUCCUCAUCGUUUGGUAUCCAGUCCUCGUCUGACUCGGGGGGAUUCAAGUUUGGCUUGGGGGCGUCAUCGGACUCUGGUUCUGGAGGCUUCAAAUUCGGCGGCACCCUCUCUAACUCCUCCUCUUCAGGGGGCUUCAAAUUCAGUGCAGCUGCCCCAUCCGACACCAGCAGCUCUGCAGGCUUCAAGUUCGGAGGCCUCUCUGAGGGAUUCAAAUUUGCAGCUUUUGAUGCUUCCACCCCUGCAGCGGACGAGGGGAAGAAGGAUGAAGCCCCGAGUAUAGGUGCCGGGUUCAAAUUUGGCGUUAGCGGUGGGCUGUCGUUCGGCACUGCAGCAGCUGCUAGCACGGAGAGCGAACCUCCUUACGGAGGGUUCUCCUUUGAUCUGGAGGCAACAUCCUAUUCCUCUUCUACUUUCAGCCUCCCUGUUUCUACAGAGAAUGACAGUGGAGCUUCUACAGAAACCAUGACUACCACCACCACAGCAGCAGCUCCUGUGUUUGGGAAGCUGGCUGAAGCUGAGCCUCCUGCCCUGGCCACACCACUAGGGGGCAGCAUAUUCAGGGAAUCGCUAGAGAAAGACAAGGCCCCUUCUUUCACCUUUGGGAAGCCUGAGAAGGAGGUUGCCUCUAUGGGUUCUGGGUUCCUGUUCAGUGCUGCUAAUAAAGAGGCGGAGGCAUCUGCUCCAUCUAUGGGCUUUUCCUUCAGUAAGCCAGACCCACCUAAGGACCAGCCCAAAGCACCUGCCUUCGCCUUUGGGAAGCCGGAAGACCAGAGUGAGACCCCAGCAGCAGACGCCCCUAAGCCCUCAUUCAGCUUUGGGCAAAGCACAGCAGGUGACAGGAAUACUCUGCUGCAAUAUUUCAUUUUAUUAUUAACCCAUUUUGUAUUUGUCAAUGUUAUGAAUGGAUGUUCUACAGUGGAAUUUUCAUUCUUUUUUUGUUAUAUUUUUUUUUUUUCACUAAUCAACUAUUCAGCUGUUUGUAAUUAAUGUAAACACUGUCUACACUUAAACCAUGAUAUAAUUCUUCACUUCAUUCCGUUGUUGUUUUCCUUGCAGAUGCUGCAGCCCCAAAGCCAGCAUUUGGGUUUAUGGCCAGCACCACCACCACCACCACCUCUUCCUCCACCACCCCUGUCCCCAGUCUGUUUGGGACCCCCAGCAGCUCUACCCCUGCCCCAGCGCCUAUCCCGGCCCCCCAGUACCUUCCUCUUCGGGCAGAGUGCCUCCAGUGAGGCCACCCCAGCCAAGUCCUUCUUGUUUGGGCAGAGCCAGGAUAGCCUGCCUACCCCUGCAGUCUCUCUGAACCCUGGCCCGGCUCAGCCCUUCCUAUUUGGGUCUGGACCUAAUGCUGCUGCUCCCUCCUUCACUUUUGGAGCAGCAGCGCCCUCCACUGCCUCAUCUGCAGGUUGGUUCCUUUUAGCAUUUCUUUUAGAGGGGGUUUUCCACCCCUGACUUGCCACUGCAUAUUUUUAUGAAUCUGAAAUUGAUAGUAUAGUGCUUUUUCUACACACUUUGCACAGAGAAGGCAACUUUUCUUUAUCUAACAAGUAUAGCUGUUGACAGCAUUGACCAAUAUUUGACCAAAUAUGUUUUACCACUUAGCACUCUUGUUUUAGUUGGUUGAAAUGUAGUCCGUGAAUGAUAUAACACUUACCCACCUCUCUGUCUGGUCAGCUCCAUCAGCAGCCUCCGCUCCGUUUGUAUUCAGCCCUGCCUCCUCCACUGGGUUUGGGUCUGGACAAGCUCCUACCUUUGGUCAGGGCACCUCCCAGCCCAGUGCCCCAGCGUUUGGUUCCCCGUCCCCCUUCUCUGCCACGGCCUCCCAGCCCCCUGCCUUCGGGGCCAAGCCCAACUCUGUCCCCGUGUUCGGCCAGCAAGCCAACUCCACUCCUGCUUUUGGCUCAUCCACCCCCGCCACACCAGGUGGGUUACUGCUGUCACUUUGUCUGGGGUUGUUUUGUGUGUGAUAAAAAACAAACAAAUAAAACAUUUGAGCUACUCAGUCUGAUUGCAGUGUGAUUACAUUUGAAUCGUUUUAUCACGCAAUGUCAAGAGUUGCUUUUUUAUGCCCGAUGUCAUGGUUUUACCAGGUGGAGGUUACCAGUUUGGAGGAGCCAGUGCGUUCGGCACCUCCAGUAACAGCACAGGGGUGUUUGCUUUCGGAGGGGCACCAGGAGGGUCCCCCGCCCCUUCUGCCGCACCCUCCAUCGCACCCCAACCCAGUGCACCUGGAAGUGGUUUCAACUUCGCAGCGCCCCCUACCUUUAAUAUUGGGUGAGUCCCAACAGCUCUGACUCCUGAUAAGGGAUCAUUUGGAUUGGUGUAAAUUCACCUGUGCCUAUACAAAUACAUUGGUAUUCAUAUGCUCUCUGAAUUUCUGCAUUCCCUGUUUUAGUGCAUGCAUUCAGUUAUUAGUCCCAAGUCAUUGUGUUUAACAUGAGUGUACUGUGAUAAUAAUGAAGAAUGAAAAAAAAGCCGUCAAGUUAUUGGAUGUGCGUGUGCUACGUUUAAAACCGGUGUUAAUGAUGAUGUAACAUCCCCUACUACAGAUCGAAGAGCACCAUCUUCACUGCAGCUGCCGCAGGACAGCACUCAAUCCCCGGUCGCAAGAUCAAAACAGCCGUCCGACGGAAGAAGUAAAACAUCCAUCGGACUAGACUUGACACUUUCAAGCAAAGACGGGACUGAUUCCUCUGGACAAACACUGAAGUACUUAGGGGGUUCAUCAGAGCAUCCUUCUUCACAUGUUAUCUGGGGAUGUAUGGGUGAUACUCUGAUGUGUGGGGGGGGGGUGGAGACCUCAAAGCAAC